AUGGAACUGGAGUCGAUCAACAGCCAAGCCCACACGGCUCAUUCCGAUGCAACCGCUUCUCCUGACACUGACAGACGCAAACCCGCCGCUUCGACGCCCGAACAGGAGCCGAUCGUCCUACUUUCCAAUUGGAAUUUCUUUACCAUCCUUUCGUGUCUUUCCGCCGCUGUCAUUCUUUGUGGUUAUGACUCAACGUGUGUGGCGACUUUGACCCCCAUCAUCAGCGACGAGUUUGGUUCGCUCAACGAUGUGAGCUGGUACGGAAUUGCAUACUCCUUGGCCUCAUGUGCGACCGUGCUGAGUUAUGCCAAACUCUACUCAUUCUACCGGACCACCACGGUUCUCGUCGCCUCCUUCAUUGUCGGGCGUGUAAUCGCUGGUUUAGGCAAUUCCGGCAUUCUAUCUGGAACCAAUAUAACAUUGGCCCGCAUCGUGCCGCUCCAUAAGAGAGCGUUCUAUCAGGCUCUUAUCGGGGGCGUUGAAUGUGUUGCCCUUGCAGUUGCACCGUUCCUGUCCGGUUGUAUCGCCGAGUAUGCAUCAUGGCGUGUCUGUUUUUAUAUUUGUCUGCCUCUCGGCGUGAUUCCCAUCGUCGCCGUGUUGCUUUUCCUGCGGUUGCCCAAGACAGCUGCCCAGGCCCAAGAUCUUCGGCCCUCGGACAAGCUGCGCCAGCUCGACCUGCCGGGAAUGGCUCUGUUCGUGCCCUGGGUUGUGUGCCUGGUGUUGGCACUCCAAUGGGGCGGGUCCGAGUAUACGUGGACCAGCAAGCAGAUGAUCACGCUGUUUGCUCUAGUCGGGACUUUCCUGCUUGCCAUGCAAGAGCAUGCGACGUUGCCGUUGAGACUCUUGCGCUCUCGAGUCAUGCUCUCAAGUAUGCUAGUCACAUUUGCCACCUCCGGGGCCCUCUAUGUUUUCACCUUCUAUGUCCCGCUCUAUAACCAGGCUGUCCGCGGCGUCACGACGAUGGAGUCGGGUCUGCGGGACCUUUCCCGCAUCUUGGGUCUUGUUUGCGCAAUCAGCAUCGGGGGCAUAGCCACCAACACGAUUGGGUACUACAUGGCUCCGAUGCUGUUUGGGGCAGCCCUCAUGAUUGUCGGUGCAGCGCUAACCACCACAUUCGACCCCUCGACAGCCCUCUCUCACAUUCUCAUCUACCAGGCGAUCUUGGGAAUCGGCUGUGGCUUGGUAUUUCAGCAGCCCUACACGGCCGCGCAAGCCUCUAUCGCCACUGCGGACGUCAACGUCGCCAUCGUGAUUAUUACCUUUGCUCAGCUGCUGGGGUCGGUGGUUAUGCUGGCCGUUGCGCAGAACGUGUUCUCGACGCGGCUAGCGGCGGGUAUUGCUUUCUCGGUGCCCGGGUUGGACCCGAACUCCAUUCUCAAUGCUGGAGCGACGAGUCUUCGAGAGUUGGUCCCCAUGCAGUACCUGGCUGGGGCUCUCGAGGCGUACAAUGGGGCUCGUGUGGACGUGUUCUACACGGGCUUGGCGAUUGCGUCUGUGACCACGCUUGGAGCAUUGGGGUCCGGGUGGAAGUCUGUCAAGCAGAUGAGUAAGGAGGCCAAGCAGAAGUAG